AUGGAAAACCACUCAUUCGAUGAUGACGAGAAUGCGCCCAUCCACACUCUUCCGUACGAAGUGAUGCGCGAUUUAAGCAGAAUACUGGAUGGAGGUGAUACUUGGGUCGAAUUAGCGACCAAAAUGCCGGAUAUUACCAUACAAGAUGUCGACGGUUGCAGACAGUUCUCUCUGACCCAUCGUGGAAGUCCUUCUGAGUACCUUUUGAGGAUAUGGGCUAGCAAAGGCUACUCGAUUUUGAGCUUGUAUAAUCUUUUCGCAAUCACACGGAUGGUGCGCUGCAUGCGAACAAUGCACCACCUAGUACCAAAGGUCUAUCAUUAUUUGGAGGAGUACACCCUCUCCACUGAUGAUUCCGGCCUGCCGUCGUCAAGUCAGAAUGAUCACCAAUACGUGAAAGGACAGCCCGCUUCCAUCACAUCGGUCAGGCGUGGUGAUGCUCAGCAACAGCAAUCUCCCGUUGGUGCUAGUAGCUUUAGUCAGAAAUCUUCGGGAGCUUCAUCAACUGGAGAGUCUUCU